AUGCGGCCAGAGACACUUCACUUAGGCCUCGCCGUCCUCGCUGGCUUGGGCGCCAGCCAGGCCUCGACCUUGAUCGAGGAAGACUCGUACUUCUAUGGUCUCUCACCGCCAGUUUACCCGACGCCAAAUACUUCUGGCACGGGCAGCUGGGCUUUGGCCUACUCAAAGGCCAAGGCCUUUGUGGCGAAAUUGACACUAGAGGAAAAGGUUAACCUGACGGCCGGUAUUACGCCCACAACGGGCUGCUCUGGAUCUGUACCAGCCAUCCCGAGGCUCGACUUUCCCGGUCUCUGCCUGACUGAUGCUGGCAACGGAGUGCGUGGCACCGAUUUUGUCAGCGCCUGGCCGAGCGGCCUGCAUGUUGGUGCUUCCUGGAACAAAGCUCUGGCCCUGAAGAGAGGCAAGGCCAUGGGAAAGGAGGCCCUGAAGAAGGGCGUCAACACGCUCCUGGGUCCUGUCGUCGGACCCAUGUUCAGACUUGCUGAAGGUGGCCGUAAUUGGGAAGGAUUCGCUGCCGACCCAUAUCUCAGCGGUUCUCUGGCUGCUGAAUCUGUGUCGGGCCUUCAAGGGUCGGGUGUUAUGGCCUGUGUCAAGCAUUACAUCGGGAACGAGCAAGAGACACAGCGGAAUCCCAGUGGAAAUGUGUCGGCUGUUUCGUCCAACAUUGACGAUACUACUUUGCACGAGCAGUAUCUCUGGCCGUUCCAGGAAGCUCUCCAUGCGGGAGCUGCUUCCAUUAUGUGCUCGUACAAUAGGAUCAACAACUCGUACUCUUGCCAGAACAGCAAACUCCUGAACGGAGUGCUGAAGGAAGAGCUGGGCUUUCAGGGCUUCGUUGUUUCCGACUGGUAUGCCCAACAUGCUGGCUACCCUGCAGCUGCUGCCGGACUGGACUUGGUGAUGCCCUCUUCGCUGACGUAUUGGGGUGACAACCUGACUUUGUCGGUACUCAACGGGUCCUUGUCCGAAUCCCGGGUGGACGAUAUGGCUACUCGAAUCAUCUCUUCGUGGUAUUUCCUGGGACAAGACGACUCGAUCCCGAGUCCCGGUGUAGGCAUGCCUCUGGAUCUGCUGUCACCGCACACGAUUGUGGACGCCGUGGACCCCACAGACAAGUCAAUACUGCUGCAGGGCGCUGUGGAGGGUCACGUGCUGGUUAAGAACGUCAACGGAGCGUUGCCGCUGAAGAAGCCGCACAUGCUCUAUCUGGCAGGAUACUCGGCGCGGGAACCGGCUGCCAACUCACCGGAGGACGGAUAUGGCUGGUCCCUGAACUGCGAGUCAUCGAUCGAGAUGGCCGAGGUCUUUGCCUCCACGCUGAUUGGCAACGACCCGGCCUCUCGAUCGCCGGCGGCUGCCACCAACGGCACCAUCAUCUCGGGUGGCGGAUCGGGGGGUGUGACUAUGUCGGUCUUUUCGACGCCCUUCAACGCGCUCGUCAACCGGGCGAUGGAGGACGGCACGCAGAUGUUCUGGGACCUGCGAUCGGCGGCGCCGACGGCCGACGCGGCAGCCGAUGUGUGCAUCGUCUUCGGCAAUGCUUGGGCGUCCGAGUCGCUCGACCGAGUCGGGCUGCGCGACAACGCCACGGACACGCUCGUGACCAGCGUGGCUGACAGCUGUGCCAACACGGUGGUAGUGCUGCACAACGCGGGCGCACGCAUCGUCGACGCCUGGAUCGACCACGCGAACGUGACGGCGGUGAUCUUUGCCCACCUUCCGGGUCAAUACAGCGGCCAGGCGCUGGUCUCGCUGCUCUACGGCGACGACGACUUCUCCGGCCGGUUGCCGUACAGCCUGCCCCGGCAUGAGGACGACUAUGGCAGCGGUCUGCUGUCGCCAACCGUCGGCGCUGGAGACUACGCUCUCUUCCCCCAGGCCGACUUUGACGAGGGCGUCUACGUCGACUACCGGCACUUUGAUCGCGCCGGCACAGAGCUGCAGUACCCCUUCGGCUUCGGCCUCAGCUACACCACGUUUGCCUACAGCGGCCUCGGCAUCCGGCGCCUUUCCGCCAGCAGCAGCGGCAGCAACCUCACAUGGGCCACGUAUCCGAGCGGUCCUGUCCAUCAGGGCGGCCAGACCGAUCUCUGGGAUGUGGUGGCCCGCGUGUCCGCCGUCGUGGCCAACACCGGCUCCGUGGCCGGCCAGGAGGUCGCCCAGCUGUACGUCGGCAUCCCCGGCGCACCCGUGCGGCAGCUGCGCGGCUUCGACAAGGUGGCCAUCGGCGCUGGUCGCUCGGCUACCGUGAUGUUUACACUGACCCGCAAGGACCUCAGCGUGUGGGACUCAGCAGCCCAGAAAUGGAAGCUGCAGAAGGGCAACUACACCGUCUCCGUCGGUUCCAGUAGCCAGACACUGCCGCUGAAGGGUUUCUUAGUUCUAUAA